CCUGGUCCAGUAACAAUGACGCAUCCGGCUGCGGUGAGGGGUAGUGGAGACCAAGAAUGACGGAACCCUCGAACCUCCUACCCUUAGUACUACUACGCAAGUACUGCCUAGGUAGGUACGUACCUACCUACAUCAAGGAGUAGGUAGCUUAUACGCCAAGAAUAGAGGCUCGACCUGCCUGGCUACCGAUUUUCGCGGAAGGGGUACAUCCCUACGUAGCACUUACCUUUAUAUACGCCCCAGGAACAACUUCCCUCGCAGUUUGUCCAUCCCGAUUUACGCGUCUGCCGUAGCCUUCCUGCAGUAUAGAGCCUAAACUCCUCGCGAAGGGAGGUACAUGCAUGGCUCUCAAGUUCGGCUGGGUGACGAGGCAUAUCAGUAAAUGCUAGGUCCUUCCCAGGCUGAUAUUUAGCUGAAGAUGGGGCAAGCUCAGUCAGAUGAGAGGUCCUCUCCCCCCUCUCGUGAGGAGGUCAGCCGAGAGCUGGCCGAGAAGUUUGCUGAGCAGUGCUUCAGCCCCAUCGAGCUGCACUCCUUCAAGGAUGUCUUCACUGGCCUCACCGACAAGGAGCAGCACGCUCGCCAUCUGAAAGAAGACACCCUUGCCCAGUUUCUUGAGAUUCCAGAUAUACUCGGUGUGUCCGGUGUGCUAUUUCGGAUGGUAUCAUAUGUCGCUGCUUUCCCAUUCAUUGAAGAUGCGCCAGCUGUUCUCGGCCUGGGGCAAAUGGUUAUGGUUGUCGCCAUCCUAACGGGGCGAUAUCGGCGAGUCUUGACAGGGAGCGCUACAAACCAGAGGAAGCUGCUCUUCGCCAGUCUGGCUGUUCAUAAUUGCGGACUCCUUGGGAUGCGCUUGGCUGAGAGUGAGGUUGCGGCCGAGGAGCAUGGCCGGGAGGCGGACUGGGACGCCAGCGCUGCGCUUGCCACAACAUCGCGUAGGGAACAAGUUGCUAUCGACGAGCCAAAGGGUGACAAAGGCUCGGGGCCCGACGACGACGACGACGAUGACCUUGACAAGUUAGUUCUCGCGGCGCUCCACUCUUUAGGUUACACCAGCGGGUUCAGGCAUGGGCGGUCAUCCACCAUCCACAGCGCCAUGAUUCCCACAGAUAACUGGCGGAGAAUGAUCAUGCUCCUCCUGUUGAUUGCGCCACUAGAUGCGCAGGAGCAUCUAUCCGUCUAUUCAAACCGACUAGCCGGCGACGAGCUGGAGAACCUGAGGGUGGCAGCGGACUGUGUGCUUGCCUCUUUUCUGGACGUGGCGCAGGCACCGGGCAUCGAGUUCCCCCGUUUCAACCGCGUGAUAGCAGCAUCAAUGCCGUUUAUAUUCAGCGGCCUCACUGCUCUCUUUGAGCACUUCUUGUUUUCGAAGAACCUCGGCUUUCACCGGCGCAAGGGCGAAAAGUCUACAUCGAUAAACUUGCCGACUGAAGGGGCUCAGCCGCUGUUGCAGGAGACCGGGUCAAUCAUGAAUCUCACCAUCAUGUCCCAGAUAUCAUUCUUCAUACCGAGUUCGUCGCUCUUUUGCCGACUCCGUCUAUUGUAUGCUGGAGACGAAGAUGGCUUCAGCAUGGGUAGUUUUGAGUCCAAGGUCUUCCACUGGAGAGCGCCGACCAUCCUUCUCGUCAGCGGAACCCGUCUCGGGGAAGGACUAGGCCAUACACAUACCGGACCUGCUUCGAAUUUCUUCGCCACCCUGCCCCCACAACGUUUCGCUUCCAGUGGGUGCACGGACGAGAGGCUCACGUUUGGUGUUUUCCUGAGCUCUCCAUGGAAGCACACCCAUCGUGAGUGCUUUGGCAACAACGAUACCCUUCUGUUCCAGCUCCAGCCAAUCCACGAUGUCUUCCGUGCAUCCACCAUGAAUAAUGAUUAUGCAUUAUUCACCAAGCCGUCAGCUUCCGCCCCGUUAGGAGGAGUAUCAUUCGGCUGCCCUCCACCGCAGCAGACCAGUCAAGCGCACCGUCGGUCCAAUAUCAUGUCCCUCGGGCCUGUCUCUCUCGCUCUUGACGACAGUUUUGAGUUUGGCUGCUUCACACACAGCUACUCGUCGCAGGGUGGCGCAUUUCAAACAAGCGUGGUAAGGAAAUUCGACUUCCAGGAUCGCUUUGAGGUUUCCAGUGUCGAGGUAUGGGGCUGCGGUGGGGACGACGAGGUCAAGUAUCAGGCCGAGCAAUGGGCCUGGGAAGCGAGAGAAGCCGAGGCAAGGAGGAAGGUCAAUCUAGGCACCGGCGACAUAGAAGCCGACCGCGCCUUGUUGGAACUGGCCGGGUUGAUAGGGGGGCACAGCAGGGGCGGUGGCAGCAUGGCGUAAAUGCGACAGCUAGAUACGGUACGCCGCACAGUCGUGUGGCUGCACCACUGCCAGCCGAUGUUGGCGCUGCCCCCUGCUUUGUAUAGUACUUAAGCCUAGGCAUCGAUUGCAUUGUAAAUAGCACUCGGGGCCUCCUA